UCUAUUUUCACAAAGCGUUGAGUAUACCAUAUACUACUGUUAAGUUUAAUAGGGGAAAAUGGAACAGUAGAUAAGGAUGGAUGACAAUCUUAAUCAAAAUAAUACAGGUCAGUUUGGUCUAGGGGGAUUAAAUAUACAUGGAAAACUUAAUCAAGAGGACCACAAUUUAUUAUCUCAGUAUUCUAUACCUGGAAUAUUACAUUUUAUUCAACAUGAAUGGACUAGAUUUGAAGUGGAAAGAACGCAGUGGGAAGUUGAACGAGCAGAGCUACAAGCUAGGAUAGCAUUUCUUCAAGGAGAAAGAAAAGGACAAGAAAAUCUAAAAAAUGAUUUGAUAAGAAGAAUAAAAAUGUUAGAGUAUGCACUUAAGCAAGAAAGAAUAAAAUUUCAUAAGCUAAAAUAUGGAACAGAACCAAACUUUACAAACUCUAAAUCUGCUCUUCUUGAUGAAAUUACAAGAGAUGAACAGGUGGAUGGUGAAGCACCACUUACGAGUAACAGCAAUGUUUCAUGGAAGCAUGGCAGACAGUUGCUCAGACAAUACCUCCAAGAGAUUGGAUAUACAGAUACAAUCAUUGAUGUUAGGUCAUCCAGAGUUCGCAAGCUUUUAGGGUUGGCACCAAAUAACUCAGAAGGAGAAGACAAACAACUAUCACCAGUGAUUAAUGGUGAACAGUUUGAUAAGCGAACUAUGGACACACAAAAAAGAAACACUGGUAAGAAAGUUUCCAACUCAGCAGCAGAAAGCACCUUGUUAGAUGCAGAGGCAUCGGUACUUGCUACAUUUGACUUCUUAGCAUCAGAAAGUACUGACAUGGAUGAUGAUGAUGAUGAAACUAGUGACGAUGCAAGUGAAAGUGGAUCUGCAGAUGAAGCUUCCAAUAGAAUAGAAAUCAAAAUAUCUCCAAAAUCCAAGAUGUUAAGUGGUACAGUUAAUGAUGCUGAAACAGAUGAAGUGUUAGCAGCAUUUGAUUUCUUGGGGGCUGAUUCCACAGAUGGUGGUGGGGAAAGCAGAAGUCAGGGAGAGGGGUCUGACUGGGACAAAUCAGAGAAUGUCUGUGAGGAUGAAUGGGGAACCAGUCCCCAAGCCAUUUCCAAGUUGAUGGAAGAAUAUCAUAAAGAGAAGAAGAGUAAAAAGGGCACAUCUCAAAGACCCAGACGGUCAGACUUGCAAGCCAUGCUUGUGAGCCUGUCAGAGAGUAGUAGUGAUGAAGAGAGUCCAUCAGCUGAUGGCUCUUCUGUUCUCCUCUCUGAUCCGAAUCCUUCAGACAUCACUUGUACUGUCAAGAAAUCUAAUGAGCUUCAGAGGACUUCUGACUCCAUCCCCAUUUUAAGCCCACUUCUGGGGUUUGAGGCCACUAAGAACACUAGUGUGAGAAGACCAGUAACUGAAGAUGACAGUUUGGAAGCAACACUUGGUCUUGGUGAACUUGCUGGGCUGACCAUCAGUAAUGAAGCUGAGAGUAGUUAUGAUGUUUCAGCUGCAAAUGAGGUUUUCAGAAAAACAUGGAGUGCCAAGUAUACACUUCGAAGCCACUUUGAUGGAGUACGAGCUCUAACGUUUCACCCUGUUGAACCAGUGCUUAUCACAGCAGCAGAGGAUCAUACUCUCAAACUCUGGAAUCUUCAAAAAACUGUGCCAGCCAAAAAGGCAGCUGCUUUAGAUGUUGAGCCUGUGUAUACUUUUAGAGGCCACAUAAAACAGCUAGGACCAGUGUGCACUUUUCAACUGUCUAGUGUACACCUGGAUAGCAAGUAUCAAAAUUCAAACCAUGGAGUGCUGAAUACAGAACUGAGGGGUCAUACAGAUGCAGUAUGGGACCUUGCUGUACAUACAGCCACAACACAGCUCCUGUCAUGUGCUGCUGAUGGGAGUGUUAAACUCUGGUCUCCACAUAGUAAAUCACCUCUUCUCAACACUUAUACACCAGAAAAUGUUGAAGGUAAUCCCACAUCUGUUGAUUUUGUGCGAUGCGACCCAGCACAAAUAGUAGCAUCUUACACUUCAUCAAAUGCUCUCAUCUACGACAUUGAAACUGGGAAGCCUGUUAUUCAAUUAGAAAUUGACAAUUCAGAUGUCGCUCCACUUAACAAGCAGAUAAACAAAGUUGUCAGUCAUCCAACUUUACCACUCACAGUCACAGCACAUGAAGAUAGGCAUAUUCGGUUUUUUGACAAUACAACAGGAAAGCUGAUCCACUCAAUGGUAGCUCAUCUGGAUGCAGUUACAAGCCUAGCAAUAGAUCCAAAUGGACUCUACUUACUAUCUGGAAGUCAUGACUGUUCUAUCCGACUGUGGAACAUGGACAGCAAGACGUGCGUACAAGAAAUUACAUCACAUCGAAAAAAAUUUGAUGAAGCCAUAUAUGAUGUUGCUUUUCAUGCAUCCAAACCUUAUAUAGCUAGUGCAGGAGCUGAUGCAUUGGCCAAAGUUUUUGUCUAAAGUGACAUUUGAUGACAGAUAUAAAAAGUAAAACACCUGAAACAAGAAAAGACAAAGGACACUUAUUUAAAAUGGAAUUAUGUAUAUUGCAUGAUGCAUCUGAUAUCUGGGCUGCCAGAAUUACCUUAUUUAAUUUAUACCCUCAUUAAAUGAGCUUAGUUUAUGCGAAAAUAUGAUAUAUUUAAUAGUUUUAACAUUUUAUACUCUUUUCUAACUUGGAAAUAAGGCUACUUUUUAAUAUUUCGAAAAUAAUUUAUGUUCUGACAGUUACAAGACAAGUUUGUGUUUUUUAAUUAUUUUUUUUUACAAAAGUCUUGCAGUGGUUGAUUUUUAUGAAAAUAUAUCAUUUAAUCCCGAUUAUAAAGUAUUUUAAGUUUCUGCACAACUUGUAUAGACCAGUGUUUGUCUGGGAAUUUUUAGGAAUUUUGUAGAAAAUAUCAUAUAGAUGUCUGUCUGUCUUUUUGUGUUAAUAGUUCCUGCACGACAUGGGACCCAAGUCUGUAGAAAACUGAAAAAAAAAACAAAAAAAACAUGGAUGUGUGUUAUUGUGUAGAUAAUUAACCUAGUAGUUUUUCUGAUUUGACUGAUUGCUCUAAACCUCCAUGAAAUUUAAUUCAUCUUGUACAGAAAUUUGUAGUGUUCAGUAGCCCAAAAUGAACAUAAUACUGCAGGUUUACAUACUCAGCUGCUGCUUCAAGUGAUGAACAGAGUCAGCAUGUUCAUUGAUAACAGGUAGAAACGUUUUUUUAACUAUGUACAGUGUACAGACCAAUUCCAGACAGCAGUAUUCCUACUUGCUCUGAAGAAGGAACAUCUACUUGAGAUUUUUCUUGCACUUGUUUCUUUUAAUUGUGAAUAAAGACAACCCUGAUAAGACGUUUUUAUUCUUUUCUAACUUGUAUUUAUUUCGUAUCUCAGCGGUAAAAACUUGAAUAAAUUCUUCACAAUUCAUUUGUGAUAGUGAAAGGAUUCGUAAUUAUUUCAUACUGCAGAUGUUAAUUUUACCAAAUUAAUGUAGAAGUAUAAAUAUGAACAAGAAGUAGGAAUUAAAACAUUUUUUAGAAAGUGUAAUUGAUUUUUAAGCUACAGUCAACAGGGUUAAGUGCUUCCUUUAAUAAUAAAAGCUGUUCACCCUUACAGUGUUCUGCUUGUGUGAUCACUGCCUUUAAAUAUUUACUUGUAUCAUUUUUACAUGUCCAUGAAGUAAAACCACUGCUUUUUCAUUCCUAAUAUACCUUCUUUUUUUAUUAUAUUUACAUAGUUUAUCUCUUAAUAGCAUUUUUAAAUUAUGUAGGUCUCUUCUUGUCAGCUGCUUUUACUGUACACUGUACAUUUUUACUCUAAAGUCAUAUGAUGAAGAAAAAUUUCUUAUGCUUAUGAAAUACCAUAUUUUUCUGGAUACUUUAUUUUGCUGUGUUCAUAUAAAUACUUUAUUUAAAAUAAUAUUUGAAAUAUGUUACAAACACAAUACAUUUGUACCAUGAAUACUUUCCCAUUCCUUUAUCUUGCAUGUUUCUUUCUCAGUUAAUUUGAACUUUGGAACAGUUACAGCAUUAUCAAAGAAAGUAAGAGAAAUAAGAAACUGUUUCAUAUACCUGCCCACCCAAUUGCCAAAUUCAGUAACAAUCAAUAUUUAUUAUAUUUUUUCAAAUAUAUUUUAACUGAAUAAUAGGAACUUUAUAAAAAUUUACUCAAAGAAUAAGUUUAAUAUGUAUAAGAGUUAACUUGUUGUUAUUAGCAAUACCAGUUAAUUGAAUUAGUAAAAAAGUGUAAUAAAAUAUAACAUUAUAUGUUAAGUAACUUUUAAAAUGUAAUCGUUGUUUUUAGUUACAUUAUAUGAACUCAUGAAAAAUGUUGGUACAGAAAUAAGGUUUGUCUCGGUCAUUUAGCAGUGUAAUGUGAUUUGUGGAAGAGUUGCCUUUCACACACAAACACACAUCAUACUGGCAUAAUGGUGAUGAAAGUAAAGUUACAAUUUACAGAAUAGAUUGGAAUAUUUCUCUAGUCACAGUUGCUAUAGGAAAGUGUUUCUUCUGGCACUGCCAAAUAACUUAUAAUAAAAGCAAUGCACACAGUUUUCUCUUUUCAAGUACAUUAGUAAUUGGUGGUUUUCUGUUGUACAUUUGUGAAAUUGCUCUUGUAGCAACUCUUGGGUAACUUUUUAAUUCUAAUGUCUUUUUGUUCAUAAGAAACAUGUAUGUCCCUUGUAGUCCUUGAGCUGAUAUUGAUGGAAAUCAUGUUUGUUGCACUCCUACUGAACAAAGGUUUAUAGGUAUUAAAUAAAAGCUUAGUUUACUGAAUCAUGA